UUACAGCAGAAAACAAAGAUGAAGACAUAGAAAAUAGCCAGCUCCUUUUUGUCAUUAGUUGCAGCUAACCUAAUUCCUACAUCUAUGAUUCCUACCCACUUAACCCAAACAACCAAAAAAUAUUACAUCAAAUUAGAAUUUGCUUUUCUGCAUAGAUUAAUUUAAUUUGCAAAAACUUGAAAAGUGCGAAUAUACAAAUUGCAUAAUUUAAAGUGUUACAAGUUCAAGGAACAAUUCAUAAACUGAUAUAAAGAUGUCUUCUCCAAACAAGGAAGAUAAUACCAUUGAGGAACCAGACACGCGAACCAGUCUACUGUUGCAAGCAUAUUAUCUGAGGCAAGCACUAGCAAAUUAAUUCAUCUGAGAACGUGAAAAUGGUCGCAAAAGAACUACUGAUUACUGAAGUAAUUUUGAAGGCAGUACUGAUAGGUAUACCUAUGUAGUAAGCAGGGAUUAAGACCGUGUUGAGUUUCGUAAAAACAUUUACGGACAGUUGUGACAAACCAGUGAAAGAUUUUCCUUGAUAUCGAACUUUUGAUGGGACUUCAAAAUUCGUCUGAUAAAAUUACAACUGAACAGGGACAGUCGUCGGGUGCUGAGCGCCCGCUAACCGAAAAUGAUAUCAUCAUAAUUGAUCCAGAUACUCUUGAGUUGGAUUUAAAUCAUGGAAGGAUCGGCAAGCUUCAAAAUCUGGAACCUCUCACCCAAGUCGAAAGGCUUUUCUUGAGAUGGAACCUGAUUACGAAAAUCGAAAAUUUAAGCACGCUUACCACUCUUAAAGAGUUGGAGCUAUACGACAAUCAAAUAACCAAAAUUGAAGGCCUGGACGCUCUCGUGAAUUUGGAGAUUUUAGACAUGUCUUUUAACAGAAUACGCGAAAUUGAAGGGUUAGAUAACUUAUUAAAACUGGAAAAACUAUUUAUGCCGUCCAAUAAAAUCAGCAAGAUAAAAAAUUUGAGUCAUCUACAAAAUUUGACCCUGUUGGAACUUGGAGAUAAUAAAAUAAGAGAAAUUGAAAAUUUGGACGCUUUGGUAUCAUUAAAGUCUUUAUUUUUGGGGAAGAAUAAAAUAACUGAGAUCAAAAAUUUGGAUUCGCUUGUUAAUUUAACUUGUUUGAGUUUACAAAGCAACCGACUUACGAAGAUUGAAAAUCUCGACAAACUCACCGAACUAAAUGAACUAUACAUUUCUGAAAAUGCCAUUACAAAAAUAGAAAACUUUAACACCCAAACAAAAUUGGAAACAUUAGAUUUAGCACAAAAUCUAAUAUCAAUAAUAGAAAACACUAAGGCUUUGGAGAGUUUACAAGAGUUUUGGUUGAACGAUAACAAAGUAAGUGAUUGGAAUACGGUGAAUAAUCUUUCAGUUCAUAAGCAUUUGGCAACUGUAUACUUGGAACACAACCCUGUAGCUGAAGAUCCAAUGUACAGAAGAAAGUUAAUGCUUAUUGCUCCAUCUUUGAAACAAAUUGAUGCUACUUUAUGUCGCCAAGAGUAAGUUCAAAACCCCCAUUUAUUUUUGGAAAAUUACUUCUGCCGAAUUGAUGAGUAAUUUCUAAAAUAGCGUUACGAAAAUUUGUACUUUCACAGGGUCUCAGGAAUUUCUAUGUUUCAAAGCACUGUUUUUCACUAUUGUUCUAGUAAAUGAAUAUCAACAGACAGGAUAAUUAAUUAGAUGAGUGUUUCAAGUUACAUAAACCGGAGACUAAUUAUUUCUAUUAUUUCAAGUUCAAUACGAAAAAUAAGCAAUAUUAAAUACCAUUGGAAACGGCUUUGGUUAAUAUUAUAGUUUUCAAGUAGAUAACAUUAAAACAGAACUCGGGCGUGUGUAUCAAACAGUAUAUUGAAUGCCUUCGAUAAAACAAUAUUAUUUUCAGUGCAUUAUACUUUUUGUUUUUGUCGGUAUCAUUUUACCUGGGGUUUUAUUUACGUUUAAGUCAAUAUUGCUUUGUUCACUUUCUAUUCCAUUAGUAACGUUAAGGAAUGUAACUUAUAUGUAAAUAUUAUAACAUAUAAUUGUUUUCUUGUCUACUAAUUUAUAUAAUAGAAAAUUAUUAUUAGCAAAAGCUAUUAUUUCGCCAAACUUUUUAUAUUGAAAUUUCUUAAAUAUUUGUUCCUCUCAUUCUUGAUAACUGUAAAUGUUUAAUGGCUUCAGUAGCUUAUAGAACAUAGCACGAUUAAAGUGAAAGAAAUAUAAAAAAAUUAAUAAGCUAGUUAAUGUAUAAAAUGUUAAAACGCAUGUGAAGUACUAGUUUAUAAAUCAUUACCAUUAUUUAUAAUUAUAGUAAAUUUUCGAUUCUGUUGUUUA